GACUCCUCGGUAGAAAACAAAUACGCUACGCUUAGUACCACCAGCCGCACAAACGGCCGGAGGAGGCAGCUAAUGAGCUCCAUGGCCGCGGAAAUGGCUGCCGUCGAGGAGGAGGCGUGCAUCUACGCCAUGCAGCUGUCCUCCACGGCUCUCCUGCCGCUGACGCUCAAGAACGCCAUCGAGCUGGGCAUGCUCGAGGUCCUGAUGGGCGCCGGCGGCAAGAUGCUGUCACCGUCUGAGGUGGCCGCGCGGCUGCCGACGCCGACGACCAACCCGGACGCGCCGGCCAUGGUCGACCGCAUGCUGCACCUGCUGGCAUCCUACAAGGUGGUGUCGUGCGAGGUGGAGGAAGGCACGCACGCGCGGCGGUACGGUCCCACGCCCGUGUGCAAGUGGUUCACGCCCGACCACGACGCCAUCUCCAUUGCCCCUCUGCUCCUUCUCACCAAUGACAUGGUCCCUAUGGAGAGCCUGUAUCAUUUGAAGGACGCGGUCCUUGAUGGUGGCCUCCCAUUCCACAAGGCACAUGGGAUGACAAUGUACGAGUACACCAAAACGGACACGCGCUUGAACCGUGUCUUGAACGAGGCCAUGAAGGGCUACAGCACCAUCAUCACCGGAAAGCUUGUCAACUUGUACACGGGCUUCCAUGACAUCGCCACCCUUGUAGACGUGGGCGGCGGCGUUGGCGCCACCAUAUGCGCCGUCACCUCCAAGUACCCGCACAUCAAGGGAAUCAACUUCGACCUGCCCCACGUCAUCACCGAGGCGUUGCAAUCCCCCAGCGUGCAGCACGUUGCUGGCGACAUGUUCAAGAACGUGCCCAGCGGCGACGCCAUCGUCCUAAAGUGGAUCCUCCACAACUGGCCGGACGAGCACUGCACAACUCUACUAAAGAACUGCUACGGUGCACUUCCCGCGCACGGCAGGGUUGUCAUCGUAGAAGGCAUCCUGCCGGUCAAACCGGAGGCGACGUCCAGGGGGCAGCAGGCGUCCCUCACCGACAUGAUCAUGCUCACGCACACGGCAGGCGGCAAGGAGAGGAACCAGAGGGAGUUCGAGGAGCUUGCCAAGUCCGCAGGGUUCACCGGUGUCAAGACCGCCUACAUCCACAGUAACACCUGGGUCAUUGAAUUCACCAAAUAGAUGCAUCUCAUAUCUCUUCGCGUUGGUUGUUGCUCCCCAAAUCUGCAUAAUGCGUACCACCUUUCCUU